UGUAAGUGACCAGAAGGUUUACAGGAACUAUACACAACCAACUUACACCAUUUCACCUAAGACGAUGGCACUACACAUGCUGAGACAUAAUGACAAGAUGUUUCUAAUGAUGUUUGUGACUUUUGUGGUGCUGAGUACUACUGCAGACUGCUUCUUCUGCCCUGCCCUGGCAGCCAUCGCGACUUGGCUGGGUCUGUCAGAGAGCGUUGCUGGAGUCACAGUGUUGGCCUUCGGCAAUGGCUCACCUGAUAUAUUCACGUCCAUUGCAGCAGCCCCAUCUGGCCGUGUUGGCAUGAUUCUGGCAGAAUUACUCGGAGGUGGAAUAUUUGUGACAACAGUUACAGCAGGAUUCGUUCUACUGUGCACACCUUUCAAGAUGUAUGGAACAUCAUUUCUGAGAGACGGUAUAUUUUAUCUCAUGGCGGUUCUGUGGUUGUAUAUUAUAUUCCUUGAUGGACACCUUACAUACAUUGAGACCACAGCUAUGAUAAUAAUAUAUGGAGUUUACUUGGCGGUCGUACUGAUUGGAAACUAUAUUGAGGCCUACAAGCUGAAGAAAGAACAAAUCAGGUCAUUUAUGGAAAAAGUAGGGAACAAUCAAAGUUCUCGGCGCAGUACAAGGCACACACUCCCACCUCCCACACGACAGCGUAAACAGUCCAUAAGUACACUAAUGGUGCAUUCUGAAGAAGAGCUGUUAAGGGGACCUGUACAUCACGGCAUGUAGCUUUUACUGGUACUUUGAAAUUUAAUAAUGCUAGACUGUCAAUAGAUUCAGG